UAACCGAAGAUGGCGUCGCUGCGCUGCCGGCGGGACCCGUGCGGCGUCGUCUGUGUUUUUUUGACGUACUUUAGCGUGUUCUACGCGGACUACGUGGUGGUGCAGUACGUCCUCAUACCCGCGUACUCGGGCAGCGUGUGGUGCAGCCUGCACGGGUCCGCCUUCAACGUCAUCCUGCUGCUCCUGCUCGCCUGCUACUGCAAGGCGGUCUUCUCGGACCCCGGUGUGGUGCCGCUCCCUGACACGGCGCUCGACUUCUCCGACCUCCGCUCGCAGUCGUCGCGGAUGAGCGACCGGGUAACUGUGAAGCGGCGACGUCGUGUUUGCGUUUCCUGUGCGCUGAUGUGCGCGCGUGUGGUGCAGGGUUGCGAGGGCUGGACGGUGUGCAGCCGCUGUGAAACCUACAGACCCCCGCGGGCGCAUCACUGCCGCGUGUGCCAACGAUGUAUACGCCGCAUGGACCACCACUGCCCCUGGAUCAAUAACUGCGUCGGAGAGCUGAACCAGAAGUAUUUCAUUCAGUUCCUCUUCUACACGGGCGUGGCCAGCGUGUACGCCACGCUGCUGGUGGUGUCGGCCUGGGUGUGGCACAUCCGGACUGAGAGGGACGGCGAGGCGGAGAACGCGCCCGGCAAGCACCUGAUCGUCGCUCACUACAUCAUCCUGCUGGUGGAGUCUGUGCUCUUUGGCGUCUUCACUCUGGUCAUCUUUUACGAUCAGUUGGCGUCCAUCAUCGCCGACGAGACGCCCAUCGAGCAGAUGAGGAACCGUCUGAUGAUGAAGGAACCGGGCUCCCCGUCAUCUUCGCCGCCGCACCACGCCACGCGCAAGCCCAAGCUGGCGCUACUGCGGGAGGUUUUCGGGCGAGGUGAGAUCCCGCGCCUUGCCCCCCAGCUCUCAAUUUCUGCCGUUCCUCUCCUCCCAUCAGGUUCCGUGUUCUGCUGGCUCCUCCCGCUGCACUCGGGCGGCCCGUCGGUGGGCGGCGUCGCCUACUCGGCCCUGCCGGACUACGACGUCUGACCUCGGGAGUUCUCGGCGGACGCGUUCGCCGCUCCCCAACUCCCAGGAUUCUUUGCAAACCCGGUUACUGAACCGUCGGCGUGAAGCCGCCUCGCACUGAAAACACACACACUGAGAUUCCUUUUUUACAUUUUUGUUUGUUUGUUUGUUUGUUUUUGCACUUUAUUUAUUUAUUUAUUUUUGUUUUCGGGUUUUGUAGGUCUUACUGACGAACUGUUGACACACAGUCUAAUUGACACAUGGUGGAAAUCACGGGUCAGUUUUGCUUCGGCCAUUGAGCAUUUUCUAUAGCACUUGUCCUUAUUAAAGUCAAUUUCCACCUUAAAUGAGAAACAAUACCAGUGUUGAAAAACAAUCUCGAUUAUUCCCCCCCCGCUUGAAACAUGGUCUAACCCAUGGGAAUUGCACCAGCAACCACCCAUCCAUUUUCUGUAGCAUUUGUCCUAAUUAGGAUCACAAGUGAGCUGUUUUAUUUGUUUGCUACCUUUUUUUGUGGUUGAAUGGAACGUUACUGACUGUUGCGCGCAGUACUGUGUGAAGCUUAUUUUAUUUUAUUUUAUUUUUUUAAACGUUAAAAAGGGAUUGUAGAUGAUUUCUUCUUCAAUGCUGCUAACAGUGGGAAUGUUUGUCAUAAAGUGAUCACAGUGGCCACAUCCACUUUUUAUACAGAUGAGGCAAGAGGACCUUACAAAUUUUAAAUUGGAUUUUCUACAUUUUAUCAACCAAUAAAAUCCUUAUUUGUGCGGUUUUCAGUCUUGUUUCCCAACU